AUGAACGCCUUCCCACCAGAGCUGCUCCACCAUCACUUUGCGUGUAUGGUGGUAGCUGGACUCACACCGCCUGCCAAGCCAUCAGCUCCUUCCACAACAGCUGCUGCAGCGGCCUCAUCUACGACCUCUACUUCCUCUUCGUCAGCAGCAGCGCCAGCAGCGCCAGACCCGAACACCACUACCAGCGAGGCCAACGGUUCUCCGGAUCACCCGACUUCGGUGUUUCCAGACCUCACCAAGUCUAUUCACGAAAUAUUGGCCUCUCGAGCUCGUAAUACACUCUGGGACCCAUCACGCGGGCGGGCAGCCGUCUUCCACACCGUGUUUGCCGAUCAUUUUGUCCGUCUUCCCCCUCUCAAGACCAAACCCUCAGCUCGACAUGUUCCGCCGAUACCUUCCGUUACCACAGGAUCUACCGCCAACCCCUCAGAUGCGUCCACUGCUGCUUUCUCGGCUCUACCUCCACGAUCCCCACUGUCGCCUUUGCACCCCAACUCUCCUCAGUUUCCAGAUGGACUCAUUGCGCCAGUAUGGGUACGCAAACAUCGCGAACUCGUCCCGUCCGUCUUCGUCUCGUUCUACUGCCUACCUACAGAUUCCGAUAUAGACCAGCUGAGAACGGCUGACGAGGCGCUCAUCAAAACCAUCUCGGAACGCAGACGGACGCUCACCGAGCGCGGAAUCAAGCUUACCGUCGUUCUUCUGACACAGCGAGAAACGCUCGACGAUCCGCAGCUCGAAGCUAGGCUCAGCUUCGUCAGGAGAAACAGCGGUCUCGACUCCAGAGCGAGCUUGUUUGUGCUUACACCCGUGACCAAAUCGGAGCUGGUCGAGUUCGUCACAAGUUUGCACAGUGCUCUGUUCGAGCCGGCCGCAGAUUACUAUCGCGAGCAUGCCAGGCGGGUCAAGCGAAAACGUACGCGAUAUCCGCCACCUCCUUCGACACUUCAUCCUCUGGCGACCGCACUUGGGACGCUCCCGUCUUCCCGUCCGGGAGGAAAGACGCUGGGCGUGGCUGAUAUCAGCUGGCUCAGCCGCGAAGGAUGGAUCGUGCGGAGUGAGUACAAGCUCGCCGUGUUCGCCGAACUGGCGGGAGAUAUGCACGAGGCAGCUUUGCGGUACAGAGAGGCGUACGAUCUACUGUGCAACUCGCCCACGUGCCUGUUGGGCAGCACGCUCAUGCUGCCGCCGCGCACGAAGCGGUGGGCAGAAGCCAAGGUGUUGGCCGACACGCUCAGCGUGCGCAUUUGCAAGCUGCUGCUCUACGCCGAUGAUGGAGAGGGCGCCGCCGUGUUCUUCCGAAGACACUUGGCGAGGUUCACGGAGCUGAGUACGGGCUGGGGCAUUGGCGCGAUGACGUUCGAGUACUGGUCCUGGUUGGCGAAACAGUAUCGCAUGUUUGGCGAGCUGGUUGAACACGCAACACGCGCUGUGCCCGGUUCGCCGCUGCCGCCGUUCCAGCUUAGCGUGCAUGCGCCACCGCUUCCGUCCAGGUUGAUCCACCCGGAUGCGCUGCCACGCCUUUCAGACGGAAGAGGCGGCGUUGUCGCUCCACCAGGAAUGCUGCUCCCCAACUCGAACGCCGUCGCCGUCUCCACGUGCCCGUAUACGGAGCUCCAAUCUCCUGGGGCCUACUACUACCUCGCAGCUUUGUGUACGCUCGAACGACGAGAGCGCUUCCUGCGAGCUACAUCGUCCCAACCCACCGCACAGGAAGACCAAGCAGACUCGACAAGUCCGUUGGCCCACGAACGCAAGGUCGACCAUACCGCACACCUCACCGAAUCGCUCACCAAAGCAUACGAUUCUUUCAAACGUAACCGUCUCCACCGCGCUGCGCUAUUGGUUGCCGCACGCAUCGCGACGGCGUACUACGAUGGUGGACACCACGAAAUGGCGCUCAAGUUUUUGGAGAGGAUCUUGAAAAAUUACACCAAGGAUCAAGUAUAUCAUGUGCGCGCGAGCCUGAUCGAGACGGCACUUCAAGCGGCGAUUGCGGUCAGGGAUCAAACCAGUGCUGUCAAGAUGCUCGUGGAGGUGCUUGAUCCGUCGUUGCCAAUCGAAGAGGCGAGGAGGAAGGAAAUGGUGAAUGCGGUCAAGACAUUUUUGAGUCAGUCGGUGGACGAUGUUGAAGUGCAGCAACGAGAAGAAGCAGAAGGGGAGGCUGAAGACAAGGAGAACAGCGGUGCAAGUACAGCAGUAGUAGUAGCAGGAUUCUUGUCCGCGGACGUCGUCUUCCCAGCUGCAGAGGUCGAGUUCGGUGCCGAAGCUCCGUUCCAAGUCGUCAUCCGUAACACUGCCGAGUCAUUUGACUUGCGAGACGUGCUCACUGCGCAACGUGUUACUCUGCAUCUCGAAAGCGGUGACGAAGCUUAUCCGUCGGUGGUCGAGAUACAGUCCAGCGGCAACGCUUCUUCGUCGACUCCGCUCAUCGUGGACCUCGGUCAGAUCGAUCUGACCUCUGCACAGCCAAAGUCGGCAUCGGCGGAUCUGAGCACUGUGUUCGCGCCUACACCAAAACGAGCAGGUACGAUCGCGUUCCAAGGCCGCUUCAAAGCGAAUCGACAAGGGCUGAUCCGGAUCGUCGGGGUCACGCUGCACGCUGCUGCUAGCACGAGACUCGGCCUGCAGCUGGAUAUCGCUUUGCCCGACCAAGACACCACCGUUGUCGCAGCAGACACAGCCUCCAGCAGCGGCCUCAACCCCGUACAAUGGCUGCUCCCCACGGGGCGCAGCCUCGACCUCACGCAACGCCUCCACCCAUCCAUCACCCUCGUCAAACCCAAACGCUUCAACGUCUCCCUCCACGUCGCCACCACCACACUCAUCGCCUCACCCUGCGCGUUCUACCUCGACGAGUGCAUCCCGCUCACGAUCAGCGUCGAGAACCACGAGUCGCAGCCGCUGCAUGCGUGGAUCGACGCCAUUCUGCAGCCGAGCUACGACGGCGCAAACGACACGCUGUCUUCCUCUGAUGAUGCCGCGUCUGGUGGAGAGGGAGGGACUAAGCAGUCGGUUGUGGGGUGGGAGUUGGAGACGGUGGAAGCGAGUGGGACGGUGGAGACGGUGGUGUGGUUGACGGCGAGGCAGGCGGCGGGGGUGAGGGUGGUGGAUGUGUGUGUGCGUGUAGCUGCGGAUGCAGAAGGACGAGGGGAGGGCGAGGAUGUGGCAGCAAGUGCGAAGUUGGACGUCACGGUGGGGAAACUCUUCGAGUGUAAGACUUGGAUCCAACCUCAGAGAGGUGAGGGGAAGAGGGGGCAGGCUUUACUGGACUUUGACGACGACGAUGGACGUGAGGCGGCGGAGGAAGCAGAGCAGGUUGUGGGGUUGGACGUCACGAUGGCAGGAGCAGAUACGGUGCAAGUGACGCAGAUCGAGCUGAUGAGUGGAGAAGACGUCGUCUCGUCUCCGAUCGACGAUGACCAGCAAGCGUCCAUGGGCGAGUGGUUCAUGGAAGACCGCUUCUCCUUCUUCCGUCAUGUCGCUUCCGAUCCCACACACUGGCGCAUCACCUGGACGCGUCCCACUUCCACGCGCGCCUCCGCAUCGCUCAUCCCCAUCCCCACGCCUUCCCUUGCCCCCACCAGUACCACGAACCAACCCAAUCUCACGCUUACCCUCGACCACCCGCUCCACGCCACACUCCACGCGCCCUUCGACGUCUCGCUCACGGUGCACAACCACCACACCACGCGCUCCUUCUCGCUCGUCCUCACCCUGGACAGCGACGAGCACUUCACCCUUGCCGGCUCGCGGCGGCUCAGCAUCCCGCACCUGCUGCCGCGUCAGCAGCUCGACUUGGGCGCAUUUGUGCGUCUGAUCCCGCAGUGCGUCGGCUGCUUGCACGUGCCCGGCUUGGCGGUGCGGCUGGUGGACCCGCUGGACCCGGCCGCGACGCUGGCGGUGGUCGCGUCCGAUGGUGGUGGUGGAGGAGGAGAAUCGACGGAGGCCGAGGCGGAGGAUGCGUGGGCGAAGUUGGUCCGCUUCAGGUAUAAGGGUGAGGAGGGGUUGAGGAAGGUUGUUGUAAGCUUGUAG